AAUUAAUAUAUAAAUAAUAUAUCUGCAAUGCAGAUGUUUGAUUAUGAUCAAAAUGAGUAUUUCAACCACAUGUGUUAUAUCCGCAGACAUUUAAUUAAUUAAAGUUAAUAAAUACUGCUGCGUUUGUGCUUUUCCACAAAUAACUAAAUUACUUAGUGGCUCGACAGGAUGUUUGAUGAAAAAAAAAAGUUAUUUCAUAAAUGAAUGAAUCAAGCGACUAAGUACGAUUAAAAGCGCUAUAGAAAUUGUAUGUAUUAUUACCUUCGCAUUGAAAAUGCGGAAGGUUAUGUUUUGAUCGCCAUUUAUUUGUAUGCGUGUUAUUCGCAUUACAAAAAAAGAUUUAAACCGAAUCGCAUGAAAUUUGGUGGGAUGAUUGCUUAUUAUCCGGGGACCAUUUGAUUAGAUUUUGGGAUCAAUCGGGUCAAGGUCAUGGAAAGGUCAAAAUCUUCUUUUUACCAUAGCAUGGUAAAUUUUUAUCCAAUUGGCAUGCAACUAAUGCCAACAUGUUCAUAAUUCAAUGCCAAUCUUGUGAUAUGCGAAGGUAUGCGCUCUACCGAGUGCCCAUUGUAGUUAUUAUUAUUGUUAAAUGUGUAUUAAUUAAAACGCUCUCGAGCGCGAGCCCCGGUUCCCACCGGGCGGACUCCUCCCCUCCUCCCGUAGCCGUCAGGAGGACGCGGAUACCCGCCAAGAAAUGCGCUCGACGAGUCCCCGCGUAGAUAACGGCGGAGCCGCCAUUAGGACAAUAAUGAACCGGUCUUGUCAUUCCGCACUUGAGGUUUUUUUUUUUGCGAUGUUCCAGGCCGAGCCUUGGCGUUAUCUCCCGGGACCGCGCGGAGACCUUGACCGUGUGCAAAAACAAGAGCGCAGCUGCGCGAGCGGCGGUGGGAGUGACGGCGCUUUGAAGGGAAGCAGAUGUCACGUCUGCGUUCCUCUCUGGGGAGCCGGACUUUGUUCUCCGGUCCUCCCGCCGAGAGCAAAGACACUCGACACAGGCAUGAGGGAGACCUGUGGAGAGAUGUAUCGUAUCCAUGCAUUUAUAAAUGCUGCACGGCUCGCCAGCAGCGAGGGAACUACAGGAAUGUUGCUGUUUUCAAAAAACCGGAAGUUGUCUCAGUCCUUUGAUGAAAAAACAAGUGGGAUUUUUUUUCCCAUUAGAUUAUCCCAGAAAAUAAUCAAACAUUGCACAACACGGUUUUUUUUAUCCAGCAGGAUAACUAUAUAAACAAUUUGAUGAUUUUUUUUUAUGAACGUCAGAAAAAAGCUAACGUCGGGCUUUAAGUGAGCGCGAGGUUACGCGACGAGGCCGCGAAGGUUGGACGUGACUUUCUCACGUUGCUUCUUGUUUUUGAGGCGCACAAACACACCAGAGGGGUAUUUAAUGACGUAUUUUAUGUCAUAUAACAAAACAUUUAGUUUUGUUCUUAAGCUUACGUUGAGUACAGAAUUUACUGAACAUUUUUAAAACCCAUUGACUGCAAGACAAGGGAACAGGAAGUGCCACAUUACUCCUAAAUAGACUAAUAACUCGAGUUAUGUUUGGGAAAUUCUCAUUGUGUCUUUUUUAUGUCUGAGUUAGCAACCUGUUGCUUAGCUGAAGUUGCUGUUACACAAUCCGCCUGCCAGCACCUCCAACGCUCACUAAUUAAAAUGUUAUUCCUUAUUUGUUUAACUAAAAAAUGUAUCGUUUCAUACAAAAUACUGAAUUGUAAGAAUAAAAGGCCCUCGCAGGGCCACAGUUACUUUCUGAAGUCCUCCCAGUGCUUCAGAAACCAAGGUUUCGUAGCGCCCUCACACCGGAGAAAGUUGUUAAUAGAAAGCUGCAUCUUUUUAUUUUAUUCCAAAUAGCAAGAUGGCAUUAUGCGUGUUUUAUUGGUCAAUCCAUGGUGAGCUUUAGACGUGCCGGGAGUCCAACGUUGUUGGAGCCAAGCUAGCUGCUUCCCCUUUUCCGGUCUUUAUGCCAAGCCAACUGUCAAAUUAAGUACUUCAUAAUCUUCUCAUAACUGGCAACAAAGCAGUCUUAAGCUCUACGUUUUCUGUGAUACGAUCUUGUAUAGUUUUUCUUUUUGCAUUUAUACUGUGUCAAUUGCAGUACAAGGACAAUAUUCCAUAUUUAGUUUUUAAUUCCCAGUCUGUUAUUUCUUUACUCGGCUGUUGUAACUCAUUCCAACAUGUAACCAUGAAUGAAUAAAAACACCUUAUCUCCUUUGCCUUCAACAGUGAGCCGUUCAUGAGAAAGUUACCAGGAAUGCACUCUAUCCUCCCUUGAUAUGUGUCCUCAUCACCUCCAUUAGUCUUAGCAUACAGACAGGGAGGUUCAGCGUGUGCCUUUUUUAUUUGCCUUUCAUUCUCUUGAGUUAUCUGACUUCGACUGGCUUUCUUAGAGCUCGAAAAGAAAAAAAGCACAUUUCUGCGAAGCGAAACAACUCUAAUAGAAUCCAGCUUCAUCAAGGACACCUGAUAUUUUCCCCCCGUUAGUGAGAAAGGAAGGUGGGAGGAUAGAACUCCCUUCCUCAUGAGCUUGACCCAUUCAAAACGAGAGACUGAGAAAGGUCCGACCACACAUGCACCCGCGCCGCCGGUGAAGGAUGUUGCGUUUGGAUUUCUUCCGCUGCGGAGCGCUGACGCUCUGCUGCGCCGGGCUCUGCGGGGCCCUGCUGAUCCCGGCCCUCGAUCCCACGGAGACAGGUCUGGAAGUCUGUGCAUUCAUAUUUCAUCUGUUUAUUCUGUGUGUUUUGGAUUCUAUGCAUGUGCUUCUACAGCGUUCAUCUGUUUUUAUGUCACUUUAUGUUGCGCAAUUCAAUUCACUUUAUGUUGGACAGAAGAGAAACGUAAUUUCAAUCUUCUGUAUGUUUGCACACGUGAAAAAUUGACAAAUAAAACUGACUUUGACUUUUUCACCUUCCCAUCAACAGAGGCCUCGUCGGCCUCCACAGUCGCGGCGUGCGUCGUGGACGAUGUUUUCACGGUGUUGCGGGACGCCGUCGGGCGCGACGGGGAACUCCUGAACGGCAUUUUGUCUCAGUUCGGGAUCUGCGGCGCGUCCGGCAGCUCGUCCGGCUCGGCCUUGUUGGAGCUCUCGAAGGAAACCAACGGAAACCAGAGGCACGGACUGGAGGCGCUGCACUCGACCGGAGUGCUCUCGGCAGAGGAAGGCGAGAGAGGAACGCUCACGUUGACCUUUGACCUCCCGCCGUCUCCGUUGCUCGCGCUGAGCCCUGCGCUGCUCCUGGCGUUUGAAACCCCCCCCACGGGAGAAAUCCCCGACGUAACUUUCACCAGUCAGUCGCUGCAUCCUCACGCACAGACGGCGUGCAUCUUAGGAGGAACGCGGUACGUCCUGCUGACGGCAAAGGCAGCAGAGGGAAACGUUCACCGGGGAUGGAGGAUUUCCGUUGGCACGAAAUCCCCCGAUAUGAGCCAAAGCCUCAAAGACAUCCUGAUUGGUGGAAAAUCAGGAAGUAACGUCAGCGUGGUUCCGCUUCUGCUUUUCUUCGGGGAGAGAGGACCUGAAACAAGAUAUCCGUAUAGUUCACCCGUGACCUCGUCCCAGACCUCCUUCCUCUGUGAGCUGAAGCGGUUCCUGGGUGACGUCCUGCCCCAGGACCCCCGUGAGUCCUCUCGGCUCCUGCGGGAAUCCUUGCAGUCCCUGCCUCCCCUGACGCUGGGUUUAUCCUCCAGCGACGCCAUGCUGGCGGGACUGAUCAACUCCUCCUCCAUCACCAUCUUCUCCUUCAGCAGCUGGAGCUCCGUGUCUCCGGUGCAGCGCGGAGAGUUGGCCUUCUCUCCGGCGCUGCUGGAGGAGCUCAAGCAGAGGUUGGAGCAGACCGCGGGGACGAUUACGACCGUCAUACGGGAGGAGCGUGUGGGCCCGAGGGCCGCGGAGAGGCUGAGGAGGCUCCGGGACCUCAGUGCGUUCCCGGCGGAGGACCCGGCAGCAGGAGAGAGCCAGUACCGUGCAUUCCUUCUGCUGAAGGCCCUGCAGACGGUGGCCCGAGCCUACUCGGUGCCGAGAGGACCGCGGGCCACCAGAGCGGGUCAGGGCCCCCCGGCGAGGCCCAACAUAUGCGGGCUGAAGAGCCUCACCGUGUCCCUGGAUCAGCGCCUCGGCCUCCCCAACACGGUCAACAUCAACAACUGCCACGGCUCGUGCGCUUUCCCCAUGAUCAAUGGCAACAACCACGCCGUCCUGCUCAACUUCCACGUGGAGGAGGCCAACGGGGAGGAGCGGGCGCCGUGCUGCGUGCCCGUGGCCUACGAUACCCUGGAGGUGGUGGACUUGAACGAACACGGGACCUACAUCUCCAUCAAGCCCGAUAUGGUGGCCAAGGAGUGUGGAUGCCGCUGAAGCGGGUGGAGUGGUAUUUUACAGAUGACACUGAAACUUGUGUCACGCAAUUUUUACUGGCAUAUAUUUAUUCACACAGUAUCAACGCACUGGUAGUAUGUACACGUGUUCAUUCACAGAGGUCUCUUUUGGCCAUAUAUACACGACCGUUCAAAAGUUUGGGGUCACUUAGAAAUGUCUUUAUUUUUCAAAGAAAAGCGCUGUUUUUUCAAUCAAGAUAACAAUCAAAAAUACACACUCUACAUUGUUCAUGUGGUAAAUGACUAUUCUAGGUGGAAACGUCUGGUUUCUAAUGAAAUAUCUCCAGGUGUAUAAAGGCCCAUUUCCAUCAACUAUCACUCCAGUGUUCUAAUGGUACAUUGUGUUUGCUAAUCGCCUUAGAAGACUAAUAUCUGAUUAGAAAACCCUUGUGCAAUUAUGCUAGCACAGCUGAAAACAGUUAUGCUGGUGAUAUAAGCUAUACAACUGGCCUUCCUUUGAGCUUGAAGUUUGAAGAACAAAAUUAAUACUUCAAAUAUUAAUCAUUAUUUCUAACCUUGUCAAUGUCUUGACUAUAUUUUCUAUUCAGUUUUCAAUUCAUUUGAUAAAUAAAAGUGAGUUUUCAUGGAAGACACGAAAUUGUCUGGAUGACCCCAAACUUUUGAACGGUUGUGUAUAUAUAUAUAUCUGUGUAUAUAUAUAUAUGUGUGUAUGCACACUGAAGAAUAUAUUCACGUUUAUUUUGUUCGUACUAAUCUUUUUUUUAAUUCUUUUAUUUGAAUGAAAAGCCAUGCAUAAGAGUGCUUUGAUUAAGAUUCCAUCAUCUAAUUAUUGUUUCAAAAUCGUUAAUUGAAAGUGACAUUUCUGAAUGAGUAGAUUUGAUUAAAUGAUUUCACAUGUGUAUUAAAUGUGGUAAACGUUUCUAAAUAACAACUGACAAAUUACAUGCUCUAGAUAUACAAACUAAUAUAGAUUAAUAAACUUAACACUCUGUAUUUGUAUAUUAUUAAAUGAAAAGGACAUGAAA